AUGAUAUACUGGACUCUCCUGACGCUUUGUUCUCUGCCAAUCUCUUUGGCCCUAUCGGAACCUUACCCUUGGGCUCCACCAGAUUAUCCACCUACAACUAUCGAGAAUGAUGGUACCAAGUUCAAUCGAUACGAUGUGCGCAAGACCCUUUCGUACACGACUGACAGGCCGACCAACAUCAACAAUAUCUUUCUGCUUGUCUGGGUGACGACAACGAACGGAAACAAGUACCAUCUUACCACCAACUCUGGUAUGAUCGGAUCUGACCAGCUCGGUGCUUUCCUCUCCUUCAACGAUCUGCAAGACAGAACCGGACGCGGGUCUUCUCUCUUGCAGCCCGGCUCUGCAGCCAAUGUCCUAGAUUGGCGUGCAGCCAAUCAAUCUAUAAGAGCUCCUCAAGGUGGAGACGGCUGGACAGGAACAGCGUUCAACAUGGAAUUAUCUGGUAUCAAACUCGACAUGAAUAUGUACCCAACAGGUGAUAACUUCUACUACGGUGGCAAUGGAGGUAUUCAGCUGUUCAGCAGGACUUCAGAAUUCUCUGCUCGGACGGUUAAUGUGACAAACAGCACGGGUGAAAUCGCCGACUAUUCUUCAGCUAUUCCAGGAUGGUCUUGGUACUGGUCCAACCCUACGACUCGUAUCAACGGAACAAUCUCUGUAGAUGGGCAGGUUGAAGAGAUUGACUUUAAGGAGUCCUAUGCUCUAUUCGAACGACAGUGGGGCGACUUCUUUGUUGGUCAGGGCUAUUAUAUCCUCUGGCUUUAUCUCGAGACUGGCGAGGUGCUAAUCUCCUGGAGUAUGGAACCAGAUUAUGCGACGGGAACCUCUGAAAUCGCUUUCGCAUCGAUUUGGCACCCUAAUGGUCUUCACGAGAACGUUCCUGUUGGAUCGAACAGCAUAGCUUCGGAUAUUACAAGUACCGAGUCUGGAAGACGCUAUUUCAACCACUUUGUCUUAGAUCUCCCAGCUAAGAACGCCACAUUCACUUUUAAGAAAUGGGUGCGCGAGGCAGAGAUCUCGCCAGUAUUGCCUGAGCAGCGAGAUACGUUUACAACCAUCUCAGAGUCUUACGGAGAAGGGUCUGGAUACUGGAAUGGUCGACAAGUUAAGGUGCAGGGUCAUGUCGAGCAACUCACUAGACUGAUACAAAAUACCCGUAGCGUACCCACCCAGGACCACGGCCUCGCCAUGGACGAACCAAUGUCUUCGAAUUACGCGAACAGGUCGUGGAAGUCGCGUAUGCUUCGCCCUUCGAAGCGCCAUGCCACGUCGAACCACCAUCUCCAUCGGGAGAACACGCGCCAAUCACGCGGAACUGUAGCCUCAAGCAAGAUUGCUUGGUGGAAGACACGCCUUUUCAGUGGCAUGAUAAACGAUGUGCGGCGACGAGCACCGUUCUAUUGGAGCGACUGGAAAGACGCGUGGGACUAUCGUGUGGUGCCUGCGACAGUCUACAUGUACUUUGCGAACAUCCUCCCCGCGCUCGCUUUCUCGCUGGACAUGUUUGAAAAGACGAAUGAGAGUUUUGGUGUUAAUGAGGUUCUUCUUGCCUCAGCGCUAGCCUCUGUCGUUUUCUCACUCGCAGCAGCGCAGCCGCUGGUCAUCGUGGGAGUCACAGGACCAAUCACCGUCUUCAACUACACCGUAUACGAUAUCAUUACCCCACGGGGAACCAACUAUUUCGCAUUUAUGUGCUGGAUUGGCAUAUGGUCUUUGGUCUUUCAUUGGAUCCUCGCAUUCACGAAUUCCUGUAACGGCUUACGAUACGUCACGCGCUUUUCCUGCGACAUCUUCGGCUUCUACGUCGCAUUCAUAUAUCUGCAAAAGGGGAUACAGGUCUUGACGAGGCAAUGGGCUGUCAAUGACGCGUCGGCAUAUCUCUCAAUCGUGAUUGCUUUGCUGGUCACCGCGGUCGCGUACAUUUGUGGUAUCGUUGGGCAAUCAUCGCUGCUUCAGCGGCACGUUCGAAAGUUUGUCGAAGACUAUGGCACCCCACUCACAGUCAUCUUCUUCACUGGUUUCGUGCACAUUGGCAAGAUGGCUGGCAUUGAAUUGCUCAAGCUACCUACGUCGAAAGCCUUCUUUCCAACCACGGAUCGCGGAUGGUUCAUACACUUUUGGGACAUAAGCGUUGGUGAUGUCUUUCUCGCUAUUCCGUUCGCCAUACUGUUGACCAUUCUUUUCUGGUUUGACCAUAACGUUUCCAGUUUAAUUGCGCAAGGCACGGAAUUUCCGCUACGCAAACCGGCAGGCUUUCACUGGGAUAUCUUUCUCUUGGGCAUAACAACUGGAGUUGCCGGGCUACUAGGCAUCCCGUUCCCUAACGGCCUCAUCCCGCAGGCGCCAUUCCAUACCACGUCGCUUUGCGUCACACGCACUGUGUCCGACUCGGAUGACGAAGAGAACAAAGGACAUGCCAAGCGUGUUGUCGACCACGUGGUAGAGCAGCGAGUAUCGAACCUUGCGCAAGGACUUCUGACGCUAGGUACCAUGAGCGGACCUCUUCUCAUUGUUCUGCAUCUUAUCCCGCAAGCUGUAUUAGCAGGCUUGUUCUUCGUUAUGGGAAUUCAGGCACUGGAAGCAAAUGGCAUUACGGCGAAGCUCGUCUUUCUCGCGAAGGACAAGCACCUUACAUCACGAUCCGACCCGUUGAAACAGAUCAAGCGCCGAUGGGUGAUCUGGGCUUUCGUUGGCCUCGAACUCAUCGGCUUUGGUGCCACGUUCGCGAUCACUCAAACUAUUGCCGCCAUUGGUUUCCCCGUCUUUAUCUUGUUAUAUAUCCCGAUGCGAACAUUCUUAAUGCCCAACUUCUUUACGCAGGAGGAGUUGGGAAUUCUUGAUGCGCCGACUGCGAGUCCGUUCACUAUGGAGUCGGUGGGUGGUAAUCACGGUCAGGUUGUAGAACCAAACCCAAACAACCAGGUAUUGCAAGAGAGCGAAGAGGCUGAAAGAGGCGAAAGGCGCAGUACUGACGAAGAGAAGAUGGGCGUCAUCGGAGGACCCAGUAGAGAAAGAAACAGUUUUCAGAGGACGGAUUGA